AUGCCAAUGUCCGACUACAAAACAUUACAGCCACAGCACGUGGGAGGGAGUGUCGACCCUGAUCGCGUACGCCAUUCGAUGGAAAAUGAGCUUGGCGACUCGUUUUCUUGCCCGACAAGAGUUUACGGCAUCGUUGCCGUGAGCAAGCACAGCCCCGAGAAAUAUCAACGAGCAUGCCCCUUACACUUCAUGUACUUUCAUACAAGAACAUCCACACUUCAUGCAGCGCACACAAUCAAAAGACUACCUCAAGGCAGCCACGACUGGCUGCGGCGAAUUGGCUUAGACAACAACUGGUUGGACGAGGCUGAAGAUGAUUCCUCCCCACUCACAUCCGUGGUGACAGACACUCGCACGGCUCAGGGCCAGAUUUAUAAAGCGUGUACCUGCGCUGAGCAUCAAGAGAUCUAUAGCAACUGGCCUACGCACAACGCUGAACUGACGAUUGCCCGCUGCAUGAAGGCAUGCACGUACUGUGGGAAGGAUUUUGAAACGACGGCUGAGCUGCGAAAGCACAUGAGAAAGAAAUACGAGCGCAAAGGCGUCUCCAUCGUUGUGGAAAAGCGGAAUCGUUGGGGAGCCACGACACCGGCCUGGACACGCAGACGCCACACGGAGUCACCCCCACGCCAACCAGCAGCUCGAAUCACCAGGAGCCAGUCCGUCACAGAUAGUACCAGCGAAACACGACUCGCAUGGAAAUCCGGGGACGUCGUUCUCGCAAGCCUCUUCCAGAACAGGAGGAUCGCAGAGUACGACAUCAUAGCGAUCCAAGAACCCUGGCGCAACCAUUUUAUCAACACAUCGUACCACCCGCUGAAAACGCACUUCCAGCUCAUGUACCUCGACAACCCGGCGACGAGAGCGUGCCUCUACAUCAAUAAGCGCACCAGCCCUAGCACGUGGCAGGUGUCCUAUAUUUCAGCAGACAUCAUAUCCCUCACCAUCCGCAGCCCUGACAAUGACAAACCAAUUCACAUAUGGAAUGUGUACAACGAGGUGGGAACAGCCACACUGUCAACCUUGGCAAAUGCCCUGGACGGACUGGGUCAAGAUCACGAAUCGAUUGUUCUUGGUGACUUUAACUUGCAUCACCCGCUGUGGUCAGCGCGACACCAGCGAGGGGUGGCAAGAUCGAGAGCAGAAGAGCUGUUAACAAUCGUGGAAACCUUCCAGCUUCAGCUCCUCACAGUGCCAGGCACCGUCACGCAUCGAUGGAAAGAUGGAGACUCAACAAUUGACUUGACAUUCGCAACGGAGAUUUGGCAUCGCGCACAAUUCACUGCAAGAUUGCCAAGCAUUUGGACUGUGACUCAGAUCACUUUCCCGUGGAGGUGGCCAUCGACUGGAACUUUCAGCAAGCGACACCAACGAAGAAACGCCUCUGGGCGAAAAUGA